AUGAGGAUCGGCGAGAUGAUCACGCCUCAGGAGGUUAGGGACAAUCAUUAUAUGACCGAACAAGCAAAUUUCAGCUGUCCAACUUGCCAGGCCAAAUUUACGCGGAAGCAGCAUGUGUACAGACAUAUGAGAACACACACGGGUGAAAAGCCGUACGAGUGCGAGAUAUGCAAUGAAUCUUUUUCUAGGAGCGAUCUUCUCAGCCGCCACCAAUCCAAGUGCCACGCAGGCCAUCCACUCAUCCCCAAGAAAGGACAGCGUUUGAAUCGUAAGCUGCAGGUGAAUGUGCUCGCGCAGACACAGCAAUCGAAACAGGAGAAGGAGAGCGAGAAGGAGCAUCUAUAUAGGGAAGAGGAAUUACAGCAAAAAUCACAGCAGUCUCAGCCAACUCUAGACCUCGGCUCUGUCGCAUACAACCCAGAAUCUAUAGGAUUCUCCAACGUUGCCAGCCAGACUGAAGCUGUUUGGUCCAAUUUCUUCAAUAACCAGUCUUCAGUUGAUGUUGACAGCUUUAAGCAUGUCUACGAAUCUCAGCUCGGUAAUGAUGGUGCUGAUAGAAGUGGUUAUAUCAAUACAGCAGGCUUACCACAUACACCACUCGAGUUUAAGCUGCCCAUGUCGCCUAAUUCAGCUAAUUCAGCUAAUCCAGUUAGUCGAGGGGACAGAAGACAGCCAGAUACCUCCAAAUUACCUUUUGAUGGCGUGGACAUGCAGCAGUUGCUUAACAGUUUGGGUGUGGACGAUGGUAGGGAAAUAGACGGUGGAGAUGGUAGACAAGACAGAGACAGCAUCUCGACGCACAAUACCUCUUCCAAGAAUGACCUAUCGAUGCACGAUCUCUGGUCGCAGUAUCUGUCUGUGCCCAUGUCAGCCAAUGCGACGGAAGAGCGGGAGCAGGAGCAGACGCAGCCACAACCUCAACCACCGCCACAACAAGAGCAAUCGAAUGAAAUUGCACAUACGGCCAAGAAUGACUUUGCACUUGCAGCAGCACACAAGGGUAUGAACGACGUCAGUUCACUCAAACUGAACCAGCCACCGGCACAGAAAAGGAAAGUGAAAGGAAACGAGAGUAGGACAGUAUUGCAUAGACAACAGCAGUCUCUCAGCGACCAGUACAGACUGCCUAUGUUGUCAGGUCCACCGCGCGCGAGUGAAGCUGCAGGAGAGGAUCUGAAGGAGUAUGAGCAGGCAGUGCUAAGUAGACAAGUGCCUCAGCUCAAUUUCAAUACGAGGUUUUUGAGGUAUAGGAGGGACAACAAGGGGGAUGAGGUUGACGAUGUUAAACCAAUCUCAAAUAUAUACUCACACUCACAACCCUACUUGGCGUCAUAUUACCCAGCUUUGUCUCAACCAAAUCACUCAAUCAAGAGAGACCUCAGCACACCAUACCUGCCUGACGAUAGCAAGCGAUAUGCCUUCUCGCUGCCUACGCCACUUUCACCGCCCGAAGCAUCGACUGAUGCCUAUACAAGGCUCAAUGAGCAGUUGGCAUUGAGGAUAUGA